CCUCUAUUUCUGGACUCAGGUGAGAGUAUUUGCACUGAAGUGAAUGGGAAAACAAACUGAAAAUAUAUAUUUUUUUUAUUGCCAUUAUUAAAUUUGUGAUUGUUUUAAUAGUUGACAAUUCUUACAGUUAAUAUGUUGUUUUUGUUGAAUUCACAAUUAAUUCAUUUGGGGGCUUUUAUUUUGAAGAUGUCAUUCCGGAUAUUCCGUCAGCAGAGAAAACAAAUGAACGUUUUUUCCAUCCACGAAUUUUGCUUUGAACGAUGGCGUGCCCUUUUUUACGAGAUCCAAUUGACAUCGGGGCACAAGUUGUGAGAAAAACAAUACGAACUAAGCGUUUGUUCAGAGACAGACAAAAUCCUCUAAGUUUUUCCGAAGAAUACAUUAACGAGAGGUAUCACUUCUCGUCUCAUUGUAUAGUAUACCUGGCGGAUCUGUUGACACCUUCAUUGAGCAACGAUACACUGCGCAGCUGUGCGCUUACAGUAAUGCAAACACUCUGCAUCGGUUUACAUUUUUUCGCAUGUGGAGAAUAUAUGCAUGCAGUCGGCGACGCUGAAAACUUGAGCAAAUCCACAGUUUGUCGAGCCAUACGGAGAAUAUGCAUCGCACUGACGAGAAUUCUCCCUGAUUUCGUGAAGUUCCCUGGUCAUUGUUCUCAACAAGAAGUUAAAGACGGAUUUUAUAGAAUAGCAGGUUAUGUAUUUCAUAGUAGGCCAAUGCUUUUGUUAGCUUACAGUUUAACUUACUGGUACUAUCUAAAUAAUUUAACGCCUGUGAUCGUUGCAGGACUACCUAAUGUUAUUGGUGUGGUGGACUCCACUCACAUAUCCAUCAAAGCGCCUUCAGGACCAGAGGUAUCUGAUUAUACUAAUCAGAGAUCAUUUCACAGCAUAAAUGUGCAGAUGGUUUGUGAUUCGCAAUGUCUCAUCACAAACAUUGAGGCAAAGUGGCCUGGAUCUGUGAAUGACUUCCACAUACUCCAAAAGAGUGUGCUGUACCAUCAGUUUCAGCAAGGUUGUUUUGAUGGGCAGCUUGUGGCUGACAAUGAGUAUCCCUGUCUUCCAUUCUUGAUGACGCCAUACCUGAAUCCUAAACCAGGCGCAGAGAGCUGCUUCAACGAGGCACUGUACGAGACAAGGGCAUGCAUUAAGACAACAUUCACCACGUUACGGUCCCGAUUUGGUUGUUUGAAGGGUCUCAGAGUAUCGCCACAGAGAGCUUGUGACAUAAUAGUGGCAUGCAUGGUCCUUCAUAACGUUUCAAUCAUUCGUAAGGAGGCUCCACCCUGUUUCAGUUGGAUGCCCCGGAAAAACCCAGAGCCUGUUCACUGUGAUUACCAAGAUGGUACAGCAAUCAGGGAUAGCAUUGCUGCUCAGCUCUUUGUGUCAUGCAGCCAAGUGUUAUGACAAUUUCACACAAUUACAUUUUCUCCACUAAGUGAUUGAACCACAGUGGCCUUUUCUCAAUUGGAUUUGCUCAACUCCUGGAUCCCAUGUCCUCUGUUCUCUCUGGCCCCCAUUUUUUUUUAAAGUUAAAAGCUAAUGAGAUUUGAAAAUGUGCUUGUAUGAAAUGAUUCCUCCAAUCAUGCAUCAUCAGGCAAAUUACAUUUACAGGGUGGAAUCACAAAAUACAUGCAGCUAGUUGUACAAGCUAUUUUAUAUAUAAAAGGAUAGCAUAUUGUUUAAAUGUUUGCAUGCUUUUCUGAUUUUAGAAAACAAUUGGUGAUUCAUAGGGGGUGUGGCAGAUGUCAAAACAUUUCUGAAAAGGACUCCGGUAAGCUACACUUGUGCUUCCUUGCCAAAAGGAGGCUAUUGAGGAGGGGAGGACAGUCUUCCGUUUGCCUACUAACAAAUUAACAUGCUCCUCGACCACUUUCUGGGUCACGGGAGAAGGGUAAGACUUCUGCCCAAAUGAGAAAAGGCCACUGACUACAUAUAGACACUGCACCACUCCAGAGAUAUGCCCUCCAGAAAUCAGUAAAUGGAAGAAGGAAUCUGACACACCUUUUUUGGGGGGAGGGGGGGAGAACAUUUAUUCAAUAAGUAAAACUGAAAGAUUGCAAUAACUGUACAUAAGCAUGAUUCAUUUCCGUUCAUGACUGCAAAGAAAAGAGAAACAUGUAAACAUGAGCUAAGGUUGAUAGAAAUUUCAUGAAUAAAUCCAACAUUUGGUUAAAUUAGAAA